CAUUUAAUGUAUCUUUGUAGGACAUGAAUGAACCGUUCAACUUCUAUAAUGGCCAUAUUAACGGCUGCAAGGCAACUUCCCUUGACAAUCCUCCAUAUUUACCUAAUGUCAAUGGUAAUCUAUUAGCAAGAAAAACCGUUUGCAUGAACGCCAAACAGCAUUUGGGUAAUCAUUAUGAUCUUCACAACGUUUAUGGUACUAGUCAAGCAGUGGUUGUUAAUCAAACAACGUAUGCAGACUCUUGAUAAGGAAUUCAAAGCUCUGGAAGACGAAUGCAGGAAAGUGAUGAGAAGGUCAAGUUCUCUCAAGACUUGAACUAACAAUUCAAAGAGCAAUGUCGAGUUGCUGUUGCUGACAGCAUUAAUAUAAGAUAUUGAAUGCAGGUGUGUGGGCGAGAGGUCGUCAAGGCUGAUCUCAUAACUUACCUGCACUUCCCUAACUCAGAAGAUAUUCAGAUGGCGUCGUUACGCGACUGGAUCGCGAGCUUGAGGCCGCUUCAUGCAUUGGCGCUGAUUUUCGAAAAAUAAAUGAAGAUCGCGCUGGAUUGCUGGAACGAGUCAACGGCUUUUGGAGUCAUUCUGCAGCGAAUCUUCGAACUGAGCACACGCCUUUUGUCUUUUACACCGUUUUAAGCCAUGGAAGCGUUACUUGAGCGUGACUACCGUCUGUCAUUUCCGGAUAUUAACCUGCUGGACGUGGAGCUCUGGGAGCUCAUCAACAUCGUGCUGCUGCAGAUGAUGAGCAUCACGGACCCUUUGGCAUCAGAGCUGCCUGGGAUAAUCAGCAUCAAGACGAGGGACUGGAGUUUUCAGCAGAUAUCUGCGAAAAUCAACCAGCGCUAUCACCACAGUUUCAAUCGUCGUAUCACAGAAAUCAAUGGAUUUACAGAUGAUAUGUUUGGAAGCGUGAGGCCAGUUGAAGUAAUUACUUCUCUGGGUCCUCUCUGGAAUUUCACUCCUAGUUACUUCUACCACCAGUUACUGAUGUAUAUUUUUUUAUCGGAAUUUCAUUCACAUUAAAUAAAUAAUAUAAUAAAAAC